AUUAGCUUCGGCAGACGAUACUUCGGCUUUAAGAGAGUUAUUUGUCAAACACGAUGAUAUAGAAAAAGAUUUUUGUAAUAAUAUUAGAGCUUACAAUAGUAUUUUUGCUUUUACUUCAAUGGGCAUCAAGUUAGAUGAAAAUCUUGCAAAUA